AACUUGCGAGGCAAAGCGGACUGAGGGGCUUCUGGAUGCCCACAGCUCCCGCCAGACUUCCCCGCCUGGAAGGAUCAGGUGUUCGCCACCGGGAGAGGGGUGGGCACGCCAAAGAGGAAGGGAGGGCAGGGAAGGAAAGGGGGAGGACGGAAGGACGGAAGGAAGGAGACCGAAGGCGACCCCCCGCCCGGUCCAGCAACUCCAGCAAGGGACUUCGCUCCAUGAGGGCACCCCUGGAUUAACCACGCGCGCGCGCGCGGCGCUUUGGGCUCCUGUUCCCCCAUUUUUCUUUUUUGCAUUUCCGUCGGCAUUCGCUGCAUCAAAAGGCGCUGAAAGGUCAAGAUGUUAAAAAAUAUCUUAUGGAUGUGUUGGACCUUAGCCAUAACAUACGCCUUCCACAAAGUUAAAGUGGAAAAAAGCCCACCAGUGAAGGGCUCGCUCGCUGGAAGAGCCAUCCUCCCAUGCUUCUUUUCAACCCUACCUACUUUGCCUCCCAGCUACCAGAACACAAGUGAAUUUCUCCGGAUUAAGUGGUCAAAGAUUGAACAGGACAAAGGUGGGAAAGACCUGAAAGAAACCACAGUUUUGGUGGCUCAGAAUGGGAAUAUCAAGAUAGGACAAGGCUAUAAAGGGAGAGUAUCCGUUCCAAGCCACCCAGAAGAUAUUGGAGAUGCAUCAUUGACUAUGGUGAAAUUGCGGGCAAGUGAUGCUGGAAUUUACCGCUGUGACGUCAUGUAUGGGAUUGAAGAUACCCAAGAUGUUGUCUCACUGGCUGUAGAUGGUGUUGUGUUUCACUACCGGGCAGCAACCAGUAGAUACACCCUGAACUUCCAGCAGGCUCAAGAGGCUUGUUUGGAGAAUGGUGCUGUAAUAGCAACCCCUGAUCAGCUGAAAGCUGCAUAUGAAGAUGGAUUUGAGCAAUGUGAUGCUGGCUGGUUGUCUGAUCAAACUGUUAGAUAUCCCAUUAGGCAGCCUAGAGUUGGCUGCUAUGGAGACAUGAUGGGGAAGGAAGGAGUCAGAUCCUAUGGAUAUCGUCUUUCAAAUGAAACUUAUGAUGCCUACUGUUAUGUGGGAAGCUUAAAUGGUGAUGUCUUCCAUAUAACGUCUCCCAACAAGUUGACCUUUGAAGAAGCUAAACUUCAAUGUGAGGCACAAGAUGCAGUUCUUGCUUCUGUUGGUGACUUGCAUGCUGCCUGGAGGGAAGGCUUUGACCAGUGUGACUAUGGCUGGCUGGCUGAUGGCAGUGUGCGUUAUCCUGUGUCUGUGGCAAGAAUCCAGUGUGGUGGAGGCUUGCUUGGAGUGAGAACUCUGUAUCGCUAUGAGAACCAAACAGGAUUUCCUUUCCCAGACAGCCGAUUUGAUGCCUACUGCUUUCUACCUAAGGAGAAUGUAUCUGAUUCUUCAUCUGUUGAACUGAAUAUACCUUUGGAAAGUGGAUCUGCAAAUUUAUUAACAAGAUUAAAGGUAACACCUUCUGAAGCAGCACUUCAUCAAAAAAUCUCUUCAGUCACACCAGAAGUGACUAGAACAAAACAAGAAGAGAAGGUACCAAAAAUCAUCAGUUUAUCUACCAUUCUACCUCAGACCAUUCCUGAUUUUUCUGAUUCAUCAGAAGAGAGUGAAUCAGAUACUGUGUCCAGUGACUUAGUAGGGAUCAUACCUACACAGGAUGUUUAUGACAUCAGCAAAGGAAGUUCAGAGAGUCAGACUGAACAAAUAGAGGUUGCGCCAAUAAGAACUUCUGUAGAUGCUCUACUAAGGAAUAACUUGACUGAACAUGUAGAAAGAGGAACUUCUGUUACACUAACAAAGGAAGAAACACACCGUGGCAUCCAGCCAACAAAAACCUCAAUGGAAGCAAAAAGUGACAUAAAACUCACAACUGUUGUCAUUCCCAAAAAGCUGCUUGAGGAGCACCAUGAAUCUAUGGAAGAAGAUGAUGAUGGGGCUGUUGUGCCUGAGAAGACUCUGGAGACCUCUACCAUCAUUUCAGAGGUAGAUGUAGUUAAAGUGUCAAAGACAUUCAUAGAUGAGAAUGCUACAAGUACAUCAGGUGAUGUAGUAACACCAUUUGAAAGCAAAACACCAUCAACUAUAGAAUUUUUGAAGAGCUCUGAAGCACCAGUGUUUACAGUAACCGAUAGGACUAAAGAGGCACAAUCUGCUUCAACUGAAUCAAAACAGAAAGAAGAAGAUAAAUUGACACCUGCUGAUUUAGAUGUCAGAGUCAUUCCAACAUUAUCAUUUGAAAGGAGCACACUAUCUGUUUCUUCUGAGUCAAGUUCUCUGGAAUUACCAAUGGUCACAUCCAUUAUCACAAAAAAGCAUAAUGCCACAUCUCUGCUUAGCAAAGGAGAUAAGGCACCACAACAUCAUGGUGGAACAACACCUACAUCAGAGGUGCAACAGGAGAAGAUGGAAGAGGAAGUACAAAAGAAACAUGAUUUGUCUUUUGAAGGCAGUACUCCUGAGCAGCAACCAGAUUUAGGAAUUCCCAGUCAAAUAACUAGUGUUUCACCAGCAGCAGACAGUGAAGACACAGCAGGUAUGGAAUUGGUUGUGUUUACAGAUACAUCAACGAUGGCAACUUCUCUUGUAACAUCCAAGAAAGAAUCUGGCUUUUCUCUAGUAUCUGAAAUCUCAGAAGAUAAAAUUACUAAAGAUAUGGCAACUGUUAGUAUUCAUACAAGUGUCACAGAAACAAUGCCAAAAAUUACAACAGUUAUUCUAGAGGAACCCAGUACUAGAGAACAAGCUGUGGAACAAUUGGUUACUUUCCCAGAAUCUGUAACAGUAGUUUCAAAGCUGUCUUUGUCACCCGAAUAUGAAGGAUCUGCAUACGAAGAAAAAUUUACAACUGCACAGGCUGUGAAAACAACCGUUUAUGAAACAUUCACAAAGUCUGAACCAGCUCUGGGAAAAGAUGCUGUCACUGAACAAAAGCUAAAGCCUACCGCUAUUCCUCCCACAAAGCCAAGCAGAGAAACUGAACAUGAAGCACCCACAAUCCAAGUCAUGGCGCCAUUUUCGACCCAAGAUAUUGCUCCUGACACUGAAAAAUCUACUGAUGUGGGGAAAGUAAAGAUUCUCACAACGCAUGGCCCAGAAGGUUCAGGAACAACAGAAGACACCAUAAGAACAGAACCUAUUUUAUUUUCAGCAAUUGUAACAAGUAAACCCAUGGUGGUGAAUGGCAUAGUCACAACUACCAUUGCUGCAGUAGACAAAAUUCCGUCCACUUCAGCAUCCAAACCUUUAGCUACCAAAACACAGCCACCUUUAAUUUAUAGGGACCCCGAUGAGGAUACAAGCAUAGAUGUUCUAGUAAUUGAUGAAUCUGUUUCUCCUAUUAAAACCACUACUGAUGAUGAUUUUACAGGCAAGACGGUAGAACCAGAAAUUGAUACGGAAUACUUUACAUCAUCAAGUGUUACUGCAGUAGCAGAGCCCACAGGACCACCAACAGAGAUUUUAGAAUCUCAGGAAGAAGCUCCUUCCACUUCAGAUGCUGACGUAGACUUUGAAAGCAGAGAUGAUGUAAAAGUGCUUGUUGUUGCCGUCUCAGGCAAUGAUACAGAUCCAUUGUAUGGCAUUUGGAAUCUAUUUGGUUAUCAAAUUCAUCAAAAUGAAAUAGAUGAACCACCUAUAGAUGCUGAGUCAACAUCUGAUGAACCCUGCACAGCAACCCCUGACGAAGAGUCUGCAGAAAUCCUAAUUGUGGAUCAUCUCUACCCUGAAAUAUACCAUCUUGGGGAAGAAGAAGAAGAAGAAGAUGAAAGCUGUGAGAACACGACUGAUGUCACAACUCCUCCUCCUUUACGAUAUAUCAAUGGAAAGCAGCAGGUGACCACUGCACCUAAAGAUACAAAAGCUGAAGAAGCAAGGAGUGAUCAAAUUGAAAGUUUAGCACACUCUAAAAAUGUAAUGUUUUCGCAGAUCAAUGAAACAAAUAUGCUAUCUGAGAAUGAGGUCCCUGCCACAGUGCAGCCAAAUGAAUCUACUGAAAUAAGAGAACCUGCCAUUACACAAAAAACAAUGACAGAACUGGUUUUUAGCGGGGAUUCAGAAAUUCCUAGAACAGACAAUGUUCUUGCCGUAACGUCUUUGUAUGGCCAGUCGUUCUUAGACACAACAGAGAAAGUAGCACAAUCUAGUACAAAUUCUCAUCAUCUCUUAAGUAAGCAUCCUAGUAUUUCGUCGUUCAUUAAUGCAGAACAAUCAGAAAGUUUUACUAGCCAGACAGAAGUAAACAGUUAUGCCUCUUCUCACUUGGCAAAGACAACACAGAAAGAAGAUUCUAAGGCUUCUGCUAAAGUUCCAAGCGAUAUACCUCCUUUCAUUGCUGUAACCACAGGCAUUGAUGACAACAGGAUGCCCAAAACAGAAGCUUCUGUUCCACAAAAUGUUUAUACAUCAACACCCAGUAUAUUUUCUUCUCUUAAAACUUUAUUGGAAGUAAGCAACAGUCCUAGUUCAUUGAAUAUACCAGAAGGCUCUGGAGAUAUUCAAGAAAGGAUUUCUAAAUCUACAACUAUAGUAAUGCAAACGGGAGAAACAGAAAAAAAUACUGUGCAGGAAAUAUUCUUGGAUGCUGGCAAACAAAUUCUUAUAAAAAACAGCCACAGUGUUUCACACACUCCUGUUCCUUUGUAUAGAGACACUAGUGCAACACCUGAAGAUCAUUUUGUGGAAUUUAUUACUACUCAACCUACAACUCCUCAGUCAUUUUUAAGCUCUUCCAAAAGUGCUACAGAAGUAGAAGAUGAUAAGGAGAAAAGCACAAUUUCUCUAGUCAUGGAAUAUUCAAAUACUCCAGAGGCUGAAAAGUUGCUGUUCAGUAAUGACUUUAGUGAGAAUGUCCAAGUUGUGAGCCAAGAAUCCCCUAAGCCUACCACAGCAAUUUCAGUAACAGAUCAUCCACAUCUCAAAGCUGAAGAGGCCACAGAGAAGAGAAUGUUCGUAGAUGAAGAAUCUGGAGAUGGGUCUACAGAUGUUUGGAAAAAAACUGGCACAGAUGUACUUUUGGGGGGUCCCACCAGCAAAGUGGUAAGUACUGACUCCCCAUUUAUAGAUCCAGGUUCUGGAGAAAUUGAUGUCAUUACUCAAGCUUCACUGAGGACUUGGUCUGGAAGCACUGACACACAAGAAAAGGAGAUACAUAUUCUUAAUGCAAAUGCAUCACCAUCAGAAUUUCCGGUAGUUAUGGAUCCCACCAUACAGGUGCUAGUUACUGAAACAGAUGCAAGGGCCAUAGAAACUAGAACAGAAAGUCCUGUUCCAAAGAAAGUAACUGAUAACCAAGGAGGGCUGCAACAUGAAUUGGAUACAGUUCCAAUGGUAUCAUUUAGUGAAGAGUCGAUUGUGGAGUCAAAUGAAAAACUGAUGACAACUCUUAUACCAAUGAAAGAGAAAACAUAUGCAUUUGAAACAUCUCAUGUGAUGAUGUCUGUGGAACCUUUGAUGAACAUGAGCCAUGAUGUCAGAAGUAUAAAGCCAGUAACUGAAUCAACUGCAAUUAGAAGCACAACAAUCAUUUCUGCCAGUAUCCCUACAACAUUAAAAGACAGCAUAAUUCUACCAGAAGGAGGUUCUGAACCUGUACAACAUGAAACAAAAGAAUCUGUUCAACCACAAACCACAAUAUAUCUUUCUCCCCCCACCUUUGAAGAUAACAUUGAUCUUGGAGAUGUGGGCUCUGGAGAGGAAUCAAGAGAUGACAAACACAGUGUGACACUAGUGCCUGAUGAUUCCACAGAAAUAAUAACUAAUAAUACAUUUACAUUGAUCGAACAAGGUUCUGGAGACAUUGCCUAUACCACUGAGCCUCCAGUAAAAACAACUGUUUUGUCACAGCAAUUGGUAGGGAAGUUUGGACUACACACAGCGGCAAAUGAAAUUGAAGAUAGCAGCAUGACAGUGGCAUAUCAGUUGUUCACAGAUGCACCUAUAAAUAGUGCUACCAUGACACCUUCAGAAAAUACAGAAAUUGUGGGAGAAGUUUCCAAUGUAUCUGUCAUUCAAGAGGAAAUACAUGCUGAACUGGAAACAAAAAACCCACCUUUGGAAAAUGAAGUAAAUUCUUUUGAAGAAACUGAUGAAACAUCAGGAAAAAUGGCCCAGACCUCUGAAAUGAUCACACAAGAAUAUUUUAUUAAAAGUGCAGAAACUGUAAGUAAACAGUCACAGAUAUCAAAUGCCGCUACAUCUACCCCAUAUAUAAAAGAAAUGAAAUCAGAUGUCACUUCUACUAAACCAUAUGACAAAACCUCUGUAACUGAGGCUCAAAUGUCUCAGGACAAAUCUGUCACCAUUUUACUGUCAGUUGAAGAGAAAGAAGAACAGUUGGUACAAAAUGCUCACCCCACUGAGGACAGCCACAAACUUAUUCCUGUAUCAGCAGUGUAUCAGCCAGUAAGUGCAGCCAUCAGUAGAUCUCCAUUGUCCCCAGAAGAAGGUUCAGGGGAUUCGCUCACUACUGUUCAACCUAUCACUCUGAAUGUGAAUUCUCCUAUAUUAACAGAAAAAACAAACAUGUUUGAUCGUGAUAUCAUACUUCCUCAAAGUUCAGAAGCACCUGUUACAGAGAAGGAAAUGCAAGAAUCUGACAGAGAUGUCACUGAAUCAAAUGAAGGUUCUCUCAAUGAAAUUAAAUCUCCACAUACUGAAGUUGGGACAUUGCUUGUGACAAAUGACAAAAGAAUGCCUACUUCAUCUACCCUAGAUGUCAAGCUAACUGAUACUGAAAGAGCUACCAUAAAGCAGUCGAUUCUUGAAAAUGAUCAAAAUCAAGAGAAUUCCUACCAUGAAGAAGAAAAUGUUACAUUAUCAACACCAGCUACUACUAGUAGAGUUUCCCAGUGGGGAACAUCUUAUGUACUUCAACACAAAGAUGUAACUCCUGUUUCAGAAUUAUUUACUCGGACACCUCAUGAAAUAGCUCAAACACUUAAAACCACUUUAAAACCCAACAUGAGUGUAACAGUUCAUGAAGGUUCUGGAGAGGGUUCAGGCUUGAUGGAAGUUGUGAGAAAACAUUCCAAAUUACCUACACAAUUGCCAAAAAGGGAAAUAUCACCUACAUCUCAUAUUCCUGUGCAAAAUUCUUCAGAGGUUAUAGAUCUAGAUAGAGCAGUGAAUGGAUCCCAGACAGUAGUGAUAUCAUCAGUUGAUACAGAAGAAAAGGAUAUGUUACCAACCUUGGAUAGUGGCCUCCCAGAGACAUUUGCAGAUGAAAGUUCCACAAACAGCAUAAAAGAUGAUGAAGAACUUAUUCCAAUAAUUGGUGGCAAAAGAAAUUAUUCUGAGGAUGUUUCUAGUUUUAUUGACAUUAUUGAAGUAGACCAUGGAAUAAUAUCUGAUGAAACAACAAUAAUAGAUGCUGAUAAAUUGAAAUCCAACAUUGAAGAUGAAAGUGGCCAAAUAACUACGGUUUCUGAGAGGCAAUUGAUGCAUGGUGUUUAUACUUCAACAACAGAAAUGCAGAAAAUACCAUCUGAAAUUACUUCAACUGGUGUUAAAGCUGGUGACUUUGGGGACAUUCAAGAAACUCCUGCAACCAGUAAGUUCAUCUACCAUGAAUCCAUAGUAUUUGAACAUACACCAACGUCUGAUGAUGUGGGUUCAGGUGAUGCCCUAUCUUUCACAAUAGAUCCUUCUGCUUCUCAAGAGAUACCUCAAGUAGUCACAUUGCUUCCAACCAUGCCACUACUAAUCAGUUCUACUGUAUCACCUUCAACAAGUUCCAGAGUUGCUGAUAAGGACAAAGAGUUUGAUGUUAAAGAUGCAGAAUCCAAAAGUGCCAUUGAAGACAACUCUGAAUUGCAAACACUCUCAGAUAACCAAGCAAUAGCUGAUGAAAGUGAAAUUGCUUCUACUACUAUGACUUCAGGAGAAGGACAAGUAGAAAAGAAGCACAUGGAUCUGUCCCCUACUCCGCCAGAACUACCUUUUAUACCAGAAGAAACAUUGGCCACUCACAAGUCUGAAGCAAGCACGGCAGUUGUGCAACUUGUCUCCCAAAAUGUAACAAACUCUGAAGAAACAAGUAACAAGUUCUCAGAAGUGAGCACUGCUACCACAGAAUCUAUGAAAACCGAGCCGGAAAAAUUGCUACUUGUUACUCAAACAACAAAAUCUCCUGUGACUGUUUAUUUACUCAAUGGAGUUUCUGAGCACCCUAAACAAAUUAUCUCAAGUACGUCACCAUCUGCUCAAUCUGAUAAGUAUGAUUUGUCUGCAGUAGAAACCUUUAAGGAAGCUAGUGCUGACAUUGCAGCAACAUACAAACCUAUCGUGCAACAACCUUCUGGCAACACAGAGUUUCCAUUUGCAUCUUCUCCCAAAGAGGAUUUAGAGAGCAAAAUCACCAGAGGUUCACCUAUUUUUGUAGGGCACAUAACAGAAGCAAAUGGGAAGCUAGAAGAUUCAGAGGAAAUAUUUAUUAUCGAAGAAACCACUCUGUCCACAGAGUUUCUUUCAAAAGAAGCAAAACCCACAAUAUCUAUAUCUCCAAGUGCUGAAAUUCUAGAUGCCAGCUCAGAAGAAACUUCUCAGAAAGUAAAGGAGCUUAAUCAGUUAGAGGGAAAUGGUGCUGAGGGAGACUUGCCAUGGAUACACACCACACCUCCUUCAGUUCCACAUGAGAGCAAAACGGGUGGGAUAUUUGGUGCUGAUGGAGAAGCUGAUGUUUGGCCAAUCUCACCCCCACCAUAUGUGGAUACAACGGCAGAACCUCAGAAUGUCCAGAAAGAACCAACCACAUUUUCAUCUGAUCCUGCAACCAAAAUUCCUCAGAACAUUCCUGAUUAUAAUAAACAGAUAAGAAAUACAGUGGGUCUAAACACAAAUGAACUUGUAACUCCACCAUUUUUACUUCUGGAUGUUACUAAUGGAUCAGAUUUUCUGAUUGGCACAGGUGAGGGUUCAGUUGAAGGCACCGCUGUUCAGAUCCCAGGUCAAGAUCCAUGCAAAAGCAACCCAUGUCUGCAUGGGGGCACUUGCUAUCCACGCGGCUCUUUCUACAUCUGCACCUGCAUGCCGGGUUUCAGUGGUGACCAGUGUGAAGUAGACAUUGAUGAAUGUCAAUCCAGCCCUUGCAGAAAUGGAGCUACAUGCAUUGAUGGUGUCAAUACGUUUACCUGCCUUUGUCUUCCAAGCUAUGUUGGGGCUCUUUGUGAGAAAGACACUGAGACCUGCGAUUACGGGUGGCACAAGUUCCAAGGGCAAUGCUACAAAUACUUUGCCCAUCGGCGUACCUGGGAUGCAGCUGAACGAGAAUGCCGCCUCCAGGGGGCCCAUCUGACAAGCAUCCUGUCUCAUGAAGAACAGCUCUUCGUGAACCGUAUAGGACAUGACUACCAGUGGAUUGGCCUAAACGAUAAGAUGUAUGAAAGUGACUUUCGUUGGACUGAUGGCAGUGUACUGCAAUAUGAAAACUGGAGGCCAAACCAACCAGACAGUUUCUUUUCUUCAGGAGAAGAUUGUGUUGUCAUAAUUUGGCAUGAAAAUGGCCAGUGGAAUGAUGUACCGUGCAAUUAUCACCUUACCUAUACCUGCAAGAAAGGAACAGUUGCCUGUGGCCAGCCCCCAGUUGUAGAAAAUGCGAAGACUUUUGGAAAGAUGAAACCUCGUUAUGAAAUUAACUCACUGAUCAGAUAUCACUGCAAAGAUGGUUUCAUCCAGCGCCAUGUUCCAAUCAUCCGAUGCCAAGGGAAUGGACGAUGGGAUUUACCUAAAAUUACUUGCAUGACUCCAUCCUCAUUCCAAAGGACUUAUUCUAAGAAAUAUUAUUAUAAACAUUCUUCACCAGGAAAGGGAAACUCAUUAAAUUCAUCAAAACAUUUUCAUCGUUGGAUCAGGACAUGGCAGGAUUCAAGGCGCUGAAUGCACUCUGAUGAAAGUGGGAUAUCUGCCAUGCCAGCCAAAGUCCUAACUUACUGUGCCUUUUAAAACAUCAAUUAUUAGGAGUAUUGCCAAGCAUUUUUGGGGAAACCUAAGGACCUCAGUGCUCACAACUUAUGAGUGCUACAUAUGAGAAUUUUUACAUGUGGAAAUUUUGAAAAGGGAACCAAUUCCAGCCUGUUCAGUCUGUUUAUUUCUGUGUCAUUGGUGAGGGACCAGAUGAUUCCAUUUUCAAGAUUUUUUUAUAAUAAUUAAACUGCUCCAUUUUAGCACCAAUGAUAAUGUAAAUAAGAUGAUUUAAUGCUGUUUAAGAUUGAAUGUGUCUGUGUGCCUGUGUGUGAGAGUGUAUGUGUGUAUGUUUAACCCUGUAUAUACCAUGAGGUGUCAUGCUAAGUUCAGCUUAUUUAUGGCUAUUUGGCCUCAGAGGUCUUUAAUCAUAUAUUUUGUUUGUCUUGAGGUACUUCACCAGGCUGGAAAUAGUGUUAAGUUGCUGUCUGCUCUCUUUUUUGUAAACGUGGGAGAAAACUGCUAUUACAACAUGAAGACAAACAAGAAAAGUAGCAUCCUGCCUAAAGAACACUGCUAUUUCCCUACUGAGGUCCACCAAGAACAUGCGACGUGAACCUUUUACCUAAGGAGCAUAGCAAGUGGGAACAAGCCCAAACAAGGGACUGCCAUGUGGAACUGCUUUGGCACUGAUAAAAAAAAGACUUGCCUGGAGGACUGUUUGUUGUUGAUGUUCUUUUUAAUGACAAGGAGGGCCUGUAGAAAUAAUAACCAUAAUAAAAGUGCUAAUACAAUAAAUUUCAACCAGGGCCACUUUUUAAACAGGUAAUUUUUACAACACUAACUGUGGGUCUAUGUUACAGCUCUCUGCAUUUUAAGAUGGAGGUAGAUAGACCUACUUUUUUGUAAAAAAAAAUAAAAUAAAACGUAAAUAAUUUUGUAUAUAUAAAUAUAUAUAACCAUUUUUAAUCCUUUUAUAAAAUAAUGAAUGUUUGUGUAUGGAUGCUGCAGCUGUGAAGCGUACAUAAAUAAAUGAAGUAAGCCAUACUGAUAUAAUUUAUUGGAUGUUCUUUUUAUCUUGAAGUAGCACGAUAGCUCAUGGAUAGUUAUCAAACAUUCCUGUUGCAUCUGGAAGAAGCAGAGUUGGCUUAAAAUGUUUUAACUUUAAAAAAAGUUUUAAUAAGUGGGACCAUUUGUCUGUGGUAACAUGAAUGAGAGCUGAAUGACUUGUGUACAAUCAGUGUUGUUACCUGUGAAUAAUAUUUGUGCACCCAUAGAAAUAUUGUAGGCUUCCCCCCCCCCAUAGUAGACACAGUUGAGUGUGAGGGGAAAGUAUUUUUUUCUCCAACAAUCAACUCUGCUGCAGCCUGGUGGGGUAACAGUAGCUGCAGGAGUUUUCAGAGACAUAUCUGUGUGAGUUUGCUUCAGCACAUAUAACAAAAAAAAAGGAGCAAAAUUUAAAGUAUUGUGGCACUUCACACCGGUUUGAGCUUCUGUGGAUUAUAAUCCCCGUCUAUAUACACAUUUAGUACAAUAUUAAACCACAGCUUCUUCUUUUUUUACAGUGUACCUGGUUAUGGGGGGUGAAACUCAUCAUCUAAAUAUUUUAUUCAGUAUAUCUGAGAAAGUGGAUUGUAAUCCGUGAAAGCUUGCACAGAUACAAAUCUGUUCGUCUUGAUGGUGCUACAAUAUGCUUGUUUUUGUUCGAGCUGCAGGAAGUAAUACCUUAAAGGCAAUAGGAGAAGAUAUAUAUCUUAGGAUCUAUCCCAUAUUUGUAGUGGGGACCAUGAAUGUGCCUGCAUUUGCCACUUAUUCAGCAUGCGUGCCCCCCUCCAAAGUUGCAGGAUACUCAUGUACAAGUGUAAUGUCAUAAUCCGUCUUGGUGCAAUAAAAGCUAAACUGGAGUGGUAGGCUUGGGUGGGCUUGGGGCAGAUGGCACACUCUGUCUCCCUUUCCCAGGCACAUAGAAUGGAUUUGGGAACAAAGUUAGAAGAAUGCAAUCCCAAAUCAUAUCCCUGUUACAAUAAUCAGCUUUUUUUUUUAGCAUAAUGGGGGAGGAGAGUUUUUUAAUUUUGAAACAGUAUUAUGGAGAAAAACAUUCUAGUUGUGUCAGUGCUUGUGAAGUUUGUGAGGAAGGUAGAAGGUUACAAAAAGGGCUAGCUCAUAGAUAAACUCUUCAUUAUCUAAUCCUCAUUUAAAAAAAAAAAAUACAACAGGGUCCGUCGUCCCGUCCAGUCCCCCCCCCCGCCUAGUAGAGCUAUAGCUAUAGAUGUGAAGAGGUUAAGUACAGUACUUUGACAUGUGGAGAAACUGACCCUGGAUUUGUGUGACAAAGUGAUUUUGUGUGACAAGUAUUUCUUUUGAAUGCAACCUCAAGUGAUGUACAUUUUACAGAGUCAGGGCUAAUUUUGAUUCUGGCAGAGUUCCUCUACGAAGUAUAUAGUUUCUCACUGCCUGAAGCCACAUUCAAUUGAAUCAACUCUCUUUGAGAACUUGUGGUGUCCUGAGAGUCAACCAAUCUUGCAACCUGCAGCUUUGAGACGGAUGUAUACACGUGGUUUUCCUCAGUGCAAUUAUUUUCUGCAAACAAAAGAGGAACGUCCAAGGACUGACUCAAAUAAAGUUGCUGCAUGGAUGAAUUUGUUUCCAGGGUGUGGGGUAAACAGACUGUAUUGUUUUUUGGGCCCAAAAGGAUUCUUCAUUUUGGAUGUCCUACUGUGUGAUGAAGAGGAACAAAAUUCAGCUGGGGAAAACCGGAAUUAAUUGUUCGUGUUAAAAAGAAAAUAGUAUCCCACAAUACUGUGGUUAAUUGAUGAAUUUGUUCAGCAAUGGUGUAAACUAAAACUGCCCUAGAAUCUGCCUUGCCAUUUGGCUGCACUGCCAGUAAUAACAUCCUUGAAAAAACAGAUCUAAAGGUCCCUAGAGACAAAUUGGGACCAGUUUUGUGAAAUGCGAAAUGACCCUGAGAAAAAUCAGGCUGUGCCUGUUAAUUUUGGCUUGUCAUGGUCUCUCAUACGAAGCUAUCUCUAUUUUGAUCUGUGCAUUUCCCUCCUUUCCUAUAUAUAUAUAGCUUCUCUUUGUUCACUAUUUAUGUUCUAUUUGUAUAGUACGUCAUGUAAAUGUUCCUUGUUCUUAAAAAAAGUUUAGAAACACUGUUAACUUUUUUAUAUAUUGGCUUCUGGCUCACCAAAGAAAUCUUGUUUUGUUUGACUGUGUUGUGUCCUGUUUAUUGCAUGUCUUCAUAUUUAAGUGAAAAAUAAAGUUCUACUGAUAAGCUGGAUAACUGAGAAUGACAAAUACUGGGAGAUGCAAAUAUGUUCUUCCUUUCUCUUCUCUUUUUUACUUUUCUAAUAAUAACUUUCUAGUUGAUUAA